CGCUUGCGGAUAAGGAUGGGCGGGCGGCGGGUACGGGGCUGGAGGGUGAAGCUGUGGGCUGUGGGCCAUGGUUGGUUGGAUUGAGCCAGGCCGGGCUGGGGCGCCGAGCUGGAGGGGGUGGCAGUGAGCGGCGGCGGAGGCUGCAGGGUUCGAUUUGGCUGACUGGGGAGUCGGCCGGUGGCAGGAGCCAUGCGGGGCCAGCGGAGCCUGCUGCUGGGCCCUGCCCGCCUCUGCCUGCGCCUGCUUCUGCUCCUGGGCUACAGGCGCCGCUGCCCACCUCUGCUCCGCGGCCUGGUUCAGCGCUGGCGCUAUGGCAAGGUCUGCCUGCGCUCCCUGCUCCACAACUCCUUUGCAGGCAGUGACACCGCUGUGGAUGCUGCCUUUGAGCCUAUCUACUGGCUGGUGGACAACGUGAUCCGCUGGUGUGGGGUGGUGUUCGUGGUGCUGGUGAUCGUGCUGACCAGCUCCAUCGUGGCCAUUGCCUACCUGUGUAUCCUGCCCCUCAUCCUUCAAACCUACUCAGUGCCACGACUCUGCUGGCAUUUCUUCUAUAGUCACUGGAAUCUGAUCCUCAUCGUCUUCCAUUACUACCAGGCUAUCACCACUCCACCUGGAUACCCACCCCCGGGCAGGAAUGAUAUCACAACAGUCUCCAUCUGUAAGAAGUGCAUUAACCCCAAGCCAGCCCGAACACACCACUGCAGCAUCUGCAAUAGCAGGAUGCUGGUCCUUAUAGGAAGGAUUGGCACUGACAUCUCAAGAUCCUUGGCCACCGUAACAGAGCCUGUGUCCCUCCCUCACAGGUGUGUGCUGAAGAUGGAUCAUCACUGCCCCUGGCUAAACAACUGUGUAGGCCACUAUAACCAUCGGUACUUCUUCUCUUUCUGCUUUUUCAUGACUCUGGGCUGUGUCUACUGCAGCUACGGAAGUUGGGACCUUUUCCGGGAGGCUUAUGCUGCCAUCGAGAAAAUGAAACAGCUCGACAAGAACAAACUACAGGCGGUUGCCAACCAGACUUAUCACCAGACCCCACCACCCACCUUCUCCUUCCGAGAAAGAGUGACUCACAAGAGUCUUGUCUACCUCUGGUUCCUGUGCAGUUCCGUGGCACUUGCCCUGGGUGCCCUAACUGUCUGGCACGCUGUUCUCAUCAGUCGAGGUGAGACUAGUAUCGAAAGGCACAUCAACAAGAAGGAGCGACGCCGACUGCAGGCCAAGGGCAGAGUUUUUAGGAAUCAUUACAACUAUGGCUGCUUGGACAACUGGAAGGUAUUCCUGGGUGUGGACACAGGAAGGCAUUGGCUGACUCGGGUGUUGUUACCUUCCAGUCACCUGCCCCAUGGGAACGGAAUGAGCUGGGAUCCCCCUCCCUGGGUGACCGCUCACUCAGCCUCUGUGAUGGCAGUGUGAGCUGGAGUGUGUCAGCCACAACUUGAGCACCACCCUGCUUCCGACAUUGCCUCAAGGGCCUCCAAGGAUAGCUUCUUGGAAUCCUUGAGCAAAAAGAGCCAGUGGGCCUGCCUUACGGUACCAUGCAGGGACAGCUCAAGGACCAGUCUCCCAGCCAUGGCGGAAGCAAGGCAUGAUGUGGAAAAAUCCUAGGACUGAUGUCCCUUUACUCAGGCAAACAGAAGUUCCAGCCCCAGACUGGAGAUCAGGCAGCUAGCAACCUUGCCAGGUACUGAUCCCGACCUCCUCCAGCUUACAGCACUGGGGUUGGCUACCACCUCUUCCACUUGCCGUCUGAGAAAACACCUGAAUGGUAGAGCUGAGAUCCUGGCUUCUCAACAGGGCAAAGAUACCAGGCCUACUGCUGAGGUCACUGCCACUUCUCAUGUGCUGAAGGGAGCAAAAAUAAAGGUAUUUGAUUUUUUAAAGAUA